AUGGUUGAAAUUAAAAACAGCCUGCAAUGGAUAGCUUCUUUGGAUGUAAAAUCACCGACCAAAAUUUUUCGCAAAAGUUCUAUUAUAUGUACUAUUGGUCCGAAUACCAAUAGUCUUGAAAUGAUAUCCAAGUUACGUGAAGCUGGUAUGAAUAUUGUUCGUUUGAACUUUUCUCAUGGCUCCCACGAAUAUCACAAAUCUGUAAUAGAAAAUACACGUAAAAAUGCUAAAUUGGCUCCCGGUCGACCUGUUGCGAUUGCUCUGGAUACGCUUCCUAUCACAGUCGGACACGAAAUGAUCUUUAGCACAAAUGAAAAAUAUGCUGAUAAAUGUGACUUAGAAGUGAUGUAUGUUGACUACAAGAAUCUCACUAACGUUAUUAAAGUUGAUAAGAUUAUAUAUGUUGACGAUGGUGUCCUUUCAUUUAAAGUAAUUGAAGUACAUGAUGAUUAUGUUAAAGUUCGUGCUUUAAAUAAAGGGACACUUUCCAGUAAAAAAGGAGUUAAUUUACCUGGCACCGACGUGGAUUUACCUGCAGUUUCCGAAAAGGAUAAAGAAGAUUUGAUAUUUGGAGUGGAAAAUGACGUUGACAUGAUAUUUGCUUCCUUCAUACGUUCUGGUCAAGAUAUCAAAGAAAUAAGAGAGAUCUUGGGGGAAAAAGGGAAAAACAUUAAAAUUAUUGCCAAGAUUGAAAGUCAACAAGGUGUCAAUAAUUUUGAUGAAAUCUUGAAAGAGACUGAUGGAGUUAUGGUUGCUCGUGGUGAUCUUGGUAUUGAAAUCCCACCAUCAUAUGUGUUCGUUGCACAAAAAAUGAUUAUUGCAAAGUGUAAUCUUGCAGGGAAGCCUGUUGUAUGUGCCACACAAAUGUUAGAAUCUAUGACAGUAAAAGUUAGUGAUGUAGCUAAUGCCGUUUUGGAUGGUGCAGAUUGUGUUAUGUUGUCCGGAGAAACUGCUAAAGGAUCUUAUCCUAUUGAAGCAGUUCAAAUGAUGCACGAGACUUGCAUCAUGGCCGAAUCAGUCAUUUGUUAUCCCCCUCUCUUUAACGAACUUAAAACACUUACUCCAUCACCUAUGGAUACGACAGAAGCUGUAGCUUGUUCUGCUGUAUCUACAGCUAAUGAAAUACAUGCGGAAUGUAUUCUUGUAUUAUCAACAUCAGGCGAGACAGCACGUUUUGUAUCUAAGUAUAGACCACGCUGUCCGAUUUUAACCGUCACACGAAUGUCACGUACUGCAAGACAAAUUCAUCUUUAUCGAGGAUGUUAUCCUUUUAUCUAUGAAAUUCCUAAAACUGUAAGUGAUGAAUGUGAAAAAUGGCAAGAUGAUGUGGAAGAGAGAAUUAGAUGGGGAAUAAACCGUGCCAUAGAGCUCAAGUAA